AUGUCUUUCAUUUCCACUCUCAGAAGAUCCAUCUCACCCUUCAUCCCACACUUCUCAAUCCAACGGUUCCACAUCCUCCACCCUUCAACCUCAUCUUCCCCAUCUCGGAACGCCCUUUUCGCCGUCAUUCUCGCCGGCACCAGUCUAGGGUUUCUUCUCUACACCACCAACUUUGACUCAACUCUCUUUCAACCUUCUCUCUCUUCCUCUGUUGACUUGUCAACACCGAAUUCCGAAGACCAAAACCGAUCUCGUUUUUCACCUUCUUCAUUCCUUACGAAAUUCUCCCUUCCUGAAACUUCCGGUACCUUCAUUUUUGGAGAGGCGUAUAGAAGAAAGGUUUUUUUCAACUAUGAGAAGCGCAUGCGGUUGCGAAGUCCUCCCGAAAAGGUUUUUGAAUACUUUGCAUCUUAUCGAUCACCACAAAGAGAAGUACUCAUGAUGCCGGCAGACCUAAUGAGGGCUGUAGUUCCUGUUUUCCCUCCAUCUGAAUCUCACUUUGUUAGAGAUGGAUACUUGAUAGGAGAAAGAAGCCCUGGCCAUUUAUGCUGCUCUCCUUCAGAAUUUUUUAUGCUUUUCGAUCUAAACAAUGAUGGACUUAUAUCUUUUAAAGAGUAUAUCUUUUUUGUAACGCUACUCAGCAUCCCAGAAUCAAGCUUUUCUGUGGCAUUUAAAAUGUUUGACGUGAACAACAAUGGAGAGAUAACCAAGGAAGAAUUCAAGAAAGUGAUGGCAUUGAUGCGAACUCAUCACCGACAAGGUGUUCACCACAGGGAUGGACUGCGAACUGGUCUGAAGGUGAACGAUUCUGUGGAAAAUGGAGGGCUGUUGGAAUACUUUUUUGGUGAAGACGGAAAGGGUUGCCUCAAACUUGAUAAAUUUGUGCAAUUUUUACGAGACUUGCAUGAUGAAAUGCUGAAGCUGGAGUUUGCUCACUAUGACUACAAAUCUCGAAAAACAAUUUCAGCCAAGGACUUUGCACUCUCCAUGGUUGCUUCCGCCGACAUGAGUCAUCUAGGCAAGUUGCUUGAAAGGGUUGAUGAAAUGAAUGAUACUCCAUGCUUUAAGGACAUGCACAUCACAUUUGAGGACUUCAAAAACUUUGCCAAUCUAAGGAAAAAGUUAUUUCCAUUUUCAUUAGCCCUUUUCAGUUUUGGAGAAGUAAACGGCCUGUUGACGAGAGAUGAUUUUCAGCGAGCAGCGUCACAUGUUUGUGGCAUAUCUCUCUCGGACAAUGUGGUUGAGAUUGUUUUUCAUUUGUUUGAUACAAAUCAAGACGGAAACCUAAGUACAGACGAAUUUAUCAGAGUGCUACACAAGCGAGAAAGAGACAUUGGACAGCCAGUAGAAACAGGAAUGUUGGGUUUGUUGUCUUCCUGCUGGAACCGUAAACAAAACAUCUCACCUUCACAGUUGUUUUCCGGAUAG